AAAAAAAAAUAAAAAGAAAAAGAAAAAAUCAUGGGUUCCAUGGGUUCCUCGGGAGGAACCCAUGGAACCCAGGAGGAACCCAGAUCAGGUUCCUCCGGAGGAACCCAGUUCCUCAUGGGUUCCUCAUGAGGAACCCAGAUCCGGUUCCUCUGAAGGAACCCAGUUCCUCUCGAGGAACCCGAGGAGGAACCCAGAUCGGGUUCCUCGUCGUGAGGAACUGGUGGAAGCCUUGCAAGACAUAGCUAAGAAAUUGAGGAAGACGGAUUGGGAUUUCAGUGUAGAUCCAUGUAGUGGAGACUCGGGAUGGGUUUUACCUUCAAACAAUCGAUUUGCAAAUUCUAUCACCUGUUCCAAUGGCACCACCCCCCAUGUCGUUAGCAUAGUGCUGAAGGAACAGAGUCUCACAGGCACUCUCCCACCAGAGUUUGUCAGGCUCCCUUAUCUUCAAACUAUUGACCUGUCUCUCAACUACCUCAGUGGCACUAUCCCUACAGAAUGGGGUUCCAUGCAACUUGUCAAAAUUUCCCUAGUUGGAAAUCGCUUAACGGGUUCGAUUCCUAAAGAAAUAGGGAACAUAAGCACUCUUCGGAAAUUCAUUGUGGAGUUUAAUCAGCUAUCAGGACCUUUGCCUUCAGAGCUUGGGAACCUAACCUACCUUGAGAAGCUUCAUCUUACUUCCAACUACUUUACUGGAGAAUUGCCACCAGAAUUUGCUAGGCUAACCUCUUUGCAGGACUUUCGGAUUGGUGACAACCAAUUCACAGGAAGGAUACCUAGUUUCAUCCAGAACUGGACAAAUCUUACAAAGUUAGCAAUUCAGGCAAGUGGCUUAAUGGGGCCAAUUCCUAGCAUAAGUGCUUUAGCGAAGCUAACUGACUUGAGAAUUAGUGAUUUAAAUGGAAAUGAUCAAGAAAAGUUUCCACCACUUAAUAGUAUCAAUAUAUCAAAGAUGAAGACAUUGAUACUAAGGAGUUGCAAUAUUGUUGGAGAGCUUCCUGAUUAUCUGAAGCAAAUGACAUCCUUGCAGACUUUAGAUCUUAGCUUUAACAGACUUAGUGGAGUAAUUCCUAGCGACUAUUCUAAUCUUGUGAAGGUUGAUUACAUGAAUUUGUUUGCGAGUUCUUCAGGGACCAACAAGUCAGGGAUUGUUUCAUGCUUGAGAAGCUCUAAAUGUCAAAAAAAAAGGUAUGAUCUCCAUAUUAAUUGUGGAGGAAGUGAAGUAACUGUUGGCAAUACCACAUAUGAAGAUGAUACAGAUCCAGCAGGACCUUCAAGAUUUUUUGAAGGUGGUGACAAUUGGGCAUUCAGCAGCACUGGUCACUUCUUGGAUGAUAACCACAGUACAGACAGCUUUAUCCACACAUUCAAAUCUAAUCUCUCCAUGAAAGAUUCACAAUUGUACAUGAAUGCACGCCUUUCAGCCAUCUCUUUGACUUAUUAUGGAUUUUGUUUGGGUGAUGGGAACUACACGGGCAAGCUGGUGCAGAAGGAUUUCAACAUAGCAGAUGAAGCUGGUGGGGUUGCUAAGGCUAUCUUAAAAAGUUUUCCUGCACUUGUGACUGAUGGUACCUUGGAGAUUCGUUUAUAUUGGGCUGCAAAGGGAACAACGACCAUUCCUUCUAAAGGAGUUUACGGUCCUCUUAUAUCAGCUAUAUCCAUCAUUCCUGAUUUUACGCCUCCUUUGGAAAAUGGGGACAGUACUGGUGUAUCUGUGGUGGGCAUGGUGGUUGGAAUUUUGGUGGGAGUUGCUUUUGUUGUCCUUUUAAUCACAGGUGUCCUUUGGUGGAAAUGCUACUUAAGACAGAAAAACACAUUAGAACAAGAUCUGAAAGGUAUGAACUUGCAGACAGUUUCUUUUAGUUUAAGGCAGAUUAAAGUCGCCACCAACAACUUUGAUCCUGCUAAUAAGAUUGGAGAAGGUGGUUUUGGUCCUGUUUACAAGGGCCAUUUGACAGAUGGUAAGGUUAUCGCUGUUAAGCAACUAUCAGCCAAAUCAAAGCAAGGAAAUCGUGAAUUUGUUAAUGAAAUUGGCAUGAUUUCUGCCCUUCAACAUCCUCAUCUGGUAAAGCUAUAUGGGUGUUGUAUUGAAGGAAAUCAACUCUUGUUAAUAUAUGAGUACAUGGAGAACAACAGCCUUGCUCGUGCAUUGUUUGGCCUAAAAGAAUGUCAAUUGAAAUUAGAUUGGCCAAUAAGACAAAAGAUAUGCAUUGGUAUAGCAAGAGGUUUAGUUUAUCUCCAUGAAGAAUCAAGGUUGAAGAUCGUGCACCGUGAUAUCAAGGCUACCAAUGUAUUGCUUGAUAAGGAUCUAAAUCCUAAAAUAUCUGACUUUGGUCUGGCCAAGCUUAGUGAAGAGGAUAAUACCCAUAUUAGUACUCGCAUUGCUGGAACUAUGGGCUACAUGGCUCCUGAAUAUGCAACACGGGGUUACUUAACUGACAAAGCAGAUGUUUAUAGUUUUGGAAUCGUAGUCUUGGAAAUUGUUAGUGGAAGAAGCAACACAAUUUGCAAAACAAAAGAAAGUAGAUUUUAUCUUAGUGAUUGGGCUCUUCUUUUGAAGGAGAAAAACAAUUUGUUAGAAUUAGUUGACCCAAGACUGGGAUUUGACUACAACAAAAUGGAAGUAAUGAAAAUGAUAAAUGUGGCACUGCUAUGCACUAACCCUGCUCCAGCUGCUAGGCCUAUUAUGUCUUCUGUGGUGAGCAUGCUUGAAGGAAAGAAUGCUGUUGAUGACUUGGAUUUCAAAUCGAUGAGCAAGUUCGGUCAGACUCUUGAAGUAGAAAGUAGUCAACAGAGCCAAACAGAGAGUAUGUCCAUAGAAUCUUUGCCACUAGUCCCCCCUUCAUCUGCAACUGACUUUUAUCCUGUCAAUUUGAGCUCUGGUUAUUGGCAGAACAGAGAUUGAAAAAUGGAAAGCUCUGUAAAUCAUCUCGAUUUUGGCCCUGAAAACAUCUUUAUUGGGAUUUUUACAUUUUUGGAUUUUAGACUUGUUAAUCUUUAGAACAUAUGCAGUUAAAGCAUGAUUGAGGUUUAAAUUGUGGAACCAUUUUUAAUAUAGUUUAGUAUAUUGC